CUCUGCUUUUCUCUCUUCCUCCUCAAAAACCAAAAGAGAUCACAGACACCCGCACCCCCACGCUUCCUCCUCCUCCCCCGGGACCCACCCCAGCCCCCUACCCCCUUGUAUCAGCUGUGAAAGUCUUAGAGAAGCAAUAAACCAAAAAACGGAGUAAUGGGUGAAUCUGUGCAUCAAAGAUGAAGGUCACUGCUAAUAAUAAAGCUGAGCUUCCAGCAAUUACAUCAUCCAAACUAGUAAACCCUUUACCCGAUUCAGAUCUUUUACAAAACCCCUUUUGCUAUCGGAAACCGCCUCGCCGGAAAAUCAAGAACUCUGGUACCGCUGGAGUGAGGUUACGGAGAGAUAUUACAGGAGCUCCAGGUGGGAAAAGGAGCAGACCCAAUACCCCUUUACUACGUUGGAAGUAUAACGAGGAUGUAAAUGACAAUGCUUGUACUUGGGAGGACAAAUCCACGGUGGAGGUUGGUCGGAAAUCUGGCCAGAAAGUUAGAACUUUGGUUUCUGCUAGGAAGCUUGCUGCCGGACUAUGGAGGCUUCAGUUGCCGGAAAUUCCUAAUAUUCCAGCUCAAAAGUUACCUCAGGCUGGUCAUAUUGAUGUACCAUUUUUCGACCAUCAUCACAUUAAAGAGAAUGAUUCUCACAUUGAUGAUUCAGUGCAGAGUCCUCGAUCUGUUUCCGGUCCAAGAAAUGGUCUUUAUCACAAGCUAGAGCCCUCAUUUCAAUAUCCAAACUCUGCUAUGGAGGGGGCAACAAAGUGGGAUCCAGUUGGCUGGACAAUAGCUGAGGAAAUAAAGGAGAUCUACGGCCAUCAGAAGGUUCCUAAUAAACAGUCGAAGACUACUGCAAUGAUUUCUAUCCUUGAGGCAGAAUUAGAGCAAGCUCGCACCCGAAUUCAUCAACUUGAGAUGGAGCGACGGUCAUCAAAAAAGAAACUCGAACAGUUUUUGAGAAAACUUAGUGAAGAGAAGGCAGCAUGGAGAAGCCGAGAACACGAGAAAAUUCGUGCAAUUAUAGAUGAUAUGAAAGCCGACUUGUCCAGAGAGAAGAAAAACCGACAGAGGCUGGAAGUAGUUAACUCCAAGUUAGUUAUUGAGUUGUCUGAUGCCAAGUUAUCAGCCAAGCGCUAUUUGCAAGAUUACGAAAAAGAAAGAAAGGGUAGAGAGUUGAUAGAGGAAGUGUGUGAAGAAUUAGCCAAGGAAAUUGGAGAAGACAAGGCUGAAGUCGAGGCAUUAAAGAGAGAAUCUCAUUCACUCAGAGAGGAAGUAGAUGAAGAAAGAAAGAUGUUGCAGAUGGCUGAGGUUUGGCGUGAGGAACGGGUUCAGAUGAAGCUAGUUGAUGCUAAGGUGACACUGGAAGAGAAAUAUUCCCAGAUGAAUAGGCUAAUUGCAGAGUUAGAGUCUUUUCUAAGUUCCAGAGGUAUGAACCCCGAUGAGGAAGUGAUCAAAAGAGCUGAGCAACUCCAACAGGAAGCGGCUUCGGUGAAUAUUCAUGAUAUCAGUGAAUUCACUUAUGAACCUCCAAAUCCAGAUGAUAUAUUCUCAGUGUUCGAGGACCUUAAUUUUGUUGAAAAUAAUGAAAGGGAGGUUGAGCCAUGUCCUGCUUACAGUUCUGCUAGCCAUCCUUCCAAAAUUUGCACAUUCAGUCCUGAUGAUGGUGUAUACAAUAAAGACAACUUCCUCAGACAUUCUCUUGCGUAUGUCAAUCAGAGCGAUUUAGAUGAAGAUGGAAGUGAAUGGGAAACAGUGAGCCAUCUCGACGAGCAAGGCUCUAGUUAUUCUGCUGAAGGAAGCGUCUGCUCUGUCAACAAGAACUGCAGGCACAGCAAUGUCUCAAUGGAAAUAGGUGAAGUAUGUUCAGGGCCAGGUCGACAACUUAAGAAGGUGACGUCUAUAUCUAGGCUUUGGAAAUCAAAUGGAGACAACUACAAAAAGAUAUCAGUUGAAGGAAUAAACGGGAGGUUAUCAAAUGGAAGACUAUCGAAUGGUGCCACUCUUUCUCCAGAUUGUAGUUCUAGUAAAGGUGAAUUCAGUCCUUCAGGGAGCUCACUUGACUCGAGCAAUCCACCAAUAACACGAGGGAUGAAAGGGUGCAUUGAAUGGCCGCGUAACUCUCACAAGCACAGUUUAAAAUCAAAACUUUUGGAAGCAAGAAUGGAGAGCCAGAAGGUCCAGUUACGCCACGUCUUGAAACAGAAGAUCUAGAAGACUACUACUACAAGUUUUGAUUUUGCCCGAAUCAUCGGUCUCACUCAGCUGAGAUAUCAAUAAAAACUGAAACAGUAGUCCACAUUUUAUGCUUACUGAAACUUCUUUGUAUCAAUCAGAACUAUAUAGUAAUUUCAUGUAAUUUAGAAGGUGCAUUAUUGGCCACUGAUUAUUUCUUUUUAAGGUAUGAUUUAGUGGCCAAUUAUUACAUCAUUCACAGAAGUUUCAGUACGAGGAGAGAACAACUUUGUAUAAUUGAAUUCCUUUAUUCCUU